UAUUUGACAGUUCAAUAACAUAACCUCUUAACAAAACAAAACAAACCAAAAUGAAAUUAAUAUUAUUAUUCCGCCGCUUAAAACUCUUCCCUAGCAUACAAAUACGCAAUUACACCGACAGACACGAACCAAAAGCGCUACGUAGUUUAAAACCUAAAUCUACAAGAAACACGGUGCAGUUUUACGUAGAUUCUUGUCGAGUGAGAGCUGUGGCUGGUAAAGGUGGAGAUGGUUGCAUUUCCUUCUUGAGUGCUUGGUGUAAAGAACAUGCUGGACCCGAUGGGGGUGACGGGGGACACGGAGGUCAUGUCAUAUUUCAAGCAACACACUCCAAGAAGAGUUUAAACCACUGCAACUCAGUUAUCACAGCUAAGGAUGGAGAACGAGGAUACAAUAAAGAUUGCAGUGGAAAGAAUGCUAAGCAUGUAAUAAUAGAUGUACCUCUAGGUACGAUAAUAAGGGACGCGUGGGGUCGCGUGGUGGGCGACCUGCAGUCGGAAGGCGCCAUGUUCGUGGCGGCGCGGGGCGGCGCCGGGGGGAGGGGGAACAAGUUCUUCCUUACAGACACCGAGCAGGCUCCGAGUGUAGCGGAGUUGGGAGCCGCGGGGGAGACGAACCAAUACUGGCUGGAGGUGCGCUCCAUGGCCCAUAUAGGGCUGCUGGGUGCCCCGAACGCGGGGAAGAGCACGUUACUGCGGGCCAUCACUAGGGCCCGGCCCACUGUGGCCCCCUAUCCGUUUACCACACUACGCCCGCAUAUAGGUAUGAUCCCGUACGAUGACUACGAGCAAGUGGCGAUCGCGGACUUACCCGGGCUUGUGCCGGGCUCGCAUAAGAAUCACGGUUUAGGCAUACAGUUUUUACAGCACGUGGAGCGAUGCAAAGGUCUCAUAUUUUUACUCGACGGAGCUAAUGAUCCUAUUUCCCAAUAUGAAACGUUGAAUUAUGAAUUAGAACAAUAUAAUAUUGAAUUGACGAAACGUCAACGCUGCGUAGUCGUCAACAAAACAGAUCUCCCCGAAACUAGGGAGAUUCUCCCGAAAAUUAGGGAAAUUGUUGAUGUUAUCGGGAUUUCGGCGAAAACUGGCGGCAAUUUGGACGAGUUGUUGAGAGUUGUUAGGAAAAUGUACGAUGAGAAUGUGUAAAUAGUUGUUUUUAAGAUAAUAAAUUAUAGAUGAUUA